ACAGGCAAGAAAAGCUACGCGUGACCAACCGAAACUGACUGCAGAAGCUGAACAGAUAGUUUCAGAAUUAAAGGAGUUGCAAUCUCAGAUAAGCGGCAUGCAGCUGGAACUGGCUAUGAAGGAAAACUUGAUCAGUGUUGUGAAAGGAGAGCUGGAGGCUCGGCGCAGACACCUGCACAAUGUCUCAGAUAACAACAUGACAGAGAAGACAGUUCUGGUGGAAGAUGUAACACAAAUGAAGAAGCUGGCAGAUGUUUCUACACAAGAUCUCACAUGUAAAGACGAGGAACACAAGAGCAUUCUUCAUGAGCUGCACAACACCAUUCAGAGUGUGAAGGAGAAUGAGAGGGAACUCCGCCUCCUGCAAACACAACUUCAGGAACAGACAAAACAACAUGAAACUGUGGAAGCGCAACUGGCAGAGAAGAGGUCCGAAUGUUUGUCAGUACAAGCUAUGAUACUUCAGCUUGAAGAGCAGUAUGUAGCUACAGCUCAGUCUGUUCAGGAGCGCAUUGUGUUCCAGCUGCGCAAAGAAGCAGAAAAAUUACGAACUCAGCUGAAAGAAAAGCAGCUGGCAGCUGAUGAAGAUAAAUAUUUGAGGAACAAACUGGCAGAAGACAGUGGACGUCUAACCAAAGAAAAUGCCCACUUGCUAGCCCGGGUAUUGGAAACCACUAAGCAACUUGAAGAGGAACGGCAGCUGAGAGAAAAUGAAAGUUUGAACCUUACAAGAAGGAUCUCUGAGCUGGUAUCAGGGAAGGAGAAUGAGAGACAACUAGAGCUAAAACUAUCACACUGGAGAAGACUGGUACAGGAUGAGAAGGAGAAAGUUUCUGCAGCACAGGAACAGGUGCUGCAGCUACAACAAGGCAGGAAGUCUGCGAAGUUGGCUGGAAGUUCACUGAACAAGCAACUGACAGAUUUACAGAGUAAACACUCCGGGCUUCAGCAGGAAAACUCCCUCUUGCGUGUAGAGAAGAACCAUUUGGUGGAGCACAUCUCUCAGUUACAUAAACAGAUUGCAGAGAAAAACGAUGAAAUCCGCCUCAUGCAGAGUCAUGUGGACAGCUUGUGCUCCGGUUUCAAUAGCCUGAAGCUCCACAGAGAUCUGGAUGAAUCUUCUGGGAAACAAUCGUGGCAGCAGCUUUCUAGUAUCAUACAUGGUGUUCAAGCUAGAGAAGAACAAAUCUCCUAA